UGGCCAAGGAAUCUCGGGCAGUGUUUUAAUUGCGCCGUGCGUUGCAGGGCUUCAGUUGGGCUAAUGAGCUGGGCUCCAGACCUGGCUGUCUUUCUCCGAGAGGUCCAAAGCCAUAUGGAGCCCGUUACCGCAGGACUUCAGGAUUUCAUGAGGAGACGAAAGAGGGGCUUCAAAAAUCCAGGUACGACAACUAUAUGUGAGCGGAUGAAGACUGAGUAAGAGGUGGAGAAAGAAAGAAGGAGGUGGAGGAGAGUGGAGGGGAGGGGAAGAAGCCGGAAUACAGAGAGAGAGCGAGAGAGAGAGAAACAGAGAGAGACUCCUGAGGCAGCAAAUUAGACAGAACAGGGAAGCGUGAGCGGUAGAAAGACAGACAAGAGAGGGAGGGAGGAGGAGGAGGAGGAGGAGGAGAGGGGCACCGUUCAGGAGAGAGGAAGAAGGAAAAAGUUGGGAGAAAGAAAAGAGAGAGGGGAAGAAAAGAGCUGGAGAGGAGAAGUGGGGGAAACAACAGACAGGAAGGAAGGGGAGGGAGACGUCUUGGGUGGAGGGAGAAGAGGUGGUGUUUAGGGGGACAAGUUUUCUCUUCUGGAGGUACUGGAUGAGGAAAACAGAAUGAGUGAAUGACGGGACUUUACGGAGCCAUUGGAGGUUUUUCAGAACCGUUUUCCACGCGAGCCUCUUUGGACAUGUAUACAGAAGGCUCGCAAGCAACGGGACACCAGCGAUUUCUCCAGCCCAACGGCACCGCUGGUCUGUGCCCCUGCCAGCGCUGCGCCCGCCAUGGUGUACCAAGAUACCAAGCAGCGUCCUGCAAACAGCCAGACCACCCACAUCUGGAUGGCCCCAGAGACACCCAGCCUCUUUGGGUUAAGGACGCAGGGGGGAGGGUAUCCAGAGGCAGUCAUUACAACCCUCAGAGACGGCCUGUGUUUCCGGGCCCUCUCAGCCAGUCAAGUGACUUGGCCCGACUCAGUCCCCCAUGGGAGUUGAACCCUGCCCAGUGGAGCCACUCGCCGGAGCCUGGCGCGAGACAUUGCCCGUCUUUCAGGGAGCAGUGUGACUGUGUGACCACAUACAACCACACCAGGGCAAAUCCCUUUCACUUCCAGAUACCACAUCCACUCCCUCAUCUGCGGGUCAACGGUCAAGCGUAUGGAUAUAGCCGGACUAUGUUCUAUGAUGCAUUUGUGGACAAAGGGGAGGAUGGUUCUGCUUGCACCCCACAAAAUGGCCAUUUGGAUCAUCCCUUUCCCAUGGUUAACGGGCACUGCGCACCAAAGGCUGGACCCUCAAAGAGAAGAGAUACCCAUUAUGACUCUGGUGGAUCAGAUUGUAAUGGACACCCUCACAAAGGUUUCUUCCCAACUGAAGUCCCACAAAAGCACUUGAACCGAGAAAAACCGAAGGGGAUUUGCAUCCGAAGCCCAGUCGUCAUCAGUACGGAAGCGCCAGUCUCCAACCAGCACCAGUCCCAAGGUUCGGAAUUGGGGAAGCAACCAAGGGGGCAGGAUUCGGUGAGGGAUCAGAUUCGACAAGUGGUGACAGAUCUGGAGGACGUGUUGGGGGGUUUGAAGCAAGUUCACGUGGAGAUGAAAGAGGUCAUCGAGCAGAUUGAUCAUCUCACAGCCAAUAUGGGCCUCGGCGAGGAGCCUCAAAGCGUUGCUUGUGGGUCGUCAAGCAACGUUCACGCAGCUGCUCAUCGAGGGGAACUUGCAGUGUCGCCCCCAUCCAGUCGCAAGCCCGCCCCGAUCGAGUGGUCGAGGCGCUCCGACGAGGAGUGCAUCAUCCUGAGAACAAACUCUCCAUCCCCUGUUCACAUGGCAUCCGUGGUCAAAACCCGCUGCUUCACUCCGCCUGGUCACACAAAGGACCACAAACACGUAAAUGGGCAUCCGCCUCUGCCGGACCAUGAUUACAAAGCGGACAACCUGGAGUUCCGUUCGCAGAACCUAAACCCUGAAAUUGUCGUCUGGAACAGCACAACGAUGCACUCGAGGACUCAAAAGCCUCCGCGGUAUCCGCAGAACGGGCGAUGCGGCAAAGACUCGCACGCAUCUAGCAAAGCAGCGAGGACCGCCGAGUACGCCUGGAGGGGCCGCCAGAACAACAGCAUGGUGUGAAGAAGGGGAGAGGUGGCGGUGGCGGCCUGCCCUAGUGCCAUGGGGGGCUUGAAACAUGAUACCCUGCGGCAGCAAGUGGAGGUCAGCGUACGACCAAGCAGGAGAAAAACUCAUGCAGGAGUAGCUGUGGAGUGUGGCCUCCGGGCGGGGAUAUUUCUGAGCAGAAAACUCACCCCGUGGAAGCUGUAUGAUUCCAGUGGUGGAGCUCCCAAAGAAGUUGACGGAUAAAGUACAACCAAACAAGCACUACGAGGAUAUGAGCUGAUUCCCGGCAGGAUACGCUCCCACGGCCAGAUUUGGUGGCAAAAACACGCCACGGCACAUCUGGCUGGGAAGAAAUUAAACCAUUCAUUUUCCGUACAGUGUGAGAGGCGGGCCAUGGACAGAUCAACUGCUUAACCAGAAAUCAGAAAAAAAUGACUGAUGAAAUACGGGAGCAGUUAUCCAGUUGUCCGUUGGCGAUCACAAAGAUGUGUUUCCUGGACUGAGAUCAGGAGUGGUCCAUGAGACGUAACUUGGGGUUCAGCAAACUGAUUUGGAAUAAAUUAUAAUGUCAUAUUAUUAAAAACAAAAGUUCAAAUCUACACAUGGUGACGGGUGCACCAAUAAAACAAACAUACUGAAUCAAUUAAUCUUCCCUAAUUUAGCUUUGAGCCAAUUAAAAGCUCUGAUAUGAUUGUGAGGUAUCACAUAAAUCUGACAUCAUUAGUGUAUCCAGCGCUCUCUCACGCUCUUUUCUCAUGACGAAUUGUACAGGUGAGGCAAGGCGACCACAGCAAAAUAUUUGUGCUCGCAAGCACAGAGCCUGGGUCAAACGUUUUCAACGUACAGCGUAAUUGGGCACCAUGACUUUGGGAAGUGGUCAGCCCGAUUGACUCAGUGAUUGCCUUCCACCCAGCUACUUUCUUGUCAUAUGGAAAAUAAUGUGAAAAAAAUUCUGCUCAUGUUGCUUGUUUCUUAUCGGGAAUUCAAAUCAUUCAUCACUUUUUGGAAAAAUAGUCGCUAGGGUUUUCGGAAAAGUCGAUAAAUAUGGCAACCAAAAUGCUGUGUUGGCAACACUGACUGCAACACUCUGCAUUUGUAAACUAGUUCCUCUUGGUUCACUGUUGUUAUAUCGAUAAAUAAUAAAUGUAAGUAAAUAGAGUUCGGUUAAACGGGGAGUUUGCAGUUUUAAAACCGCUACCAAGAUUUGAUUGUAGCCUCACUCAACUAAUUCAUAAUGGCAUACGAUUAUUAAAGUGCGUAGUUGUGAUAAAGUGGCACAGAGAACACCGUCCAGAUUUAAUCAAAUAUCAGCGCUUGCAAUACUGAGCUAGCAUUAACGCUGUAAACAAGCCAACGUUAACCAUAGCUGUUACAUUGGUAGCAUGACUUAUUUGUAAUUGAGUGUUACUAUAGCACUAAAUUUUAUUGGUUUGAAGUUUUAUUUUUUGGAAUGUACAAUCAAUUAAAAAUUUAAAAGGGGACCGCUCGCCGCCUGAGGUCCCUUUGCUUAUAUUUGCUAAUCGUUUGCCCACUUGUUAGCAAACGAGGGAUGAACAUUCAUUAUUAUUAUUUUUAAACAUUUCCAGAUGUGGUUAUUCCAAAAUAGUUUGAGCACAGCUCCUGAAGCCUAAGCUAACAGGUCAGCGCAAGGCUCCGGGGGUGUGCCCUCUAGUGCACAGCGAUGAUUGACACCUUGUCGGUCACGCCUUCUGUCUCUGAUAUGUCAUUUUCCUCAGGCAUGGUGGAUUCUUAUAAACAAACUGGAAACGUACCCUUUAAGUUCCUUUUUAUUAGGUCAUUAAUUUUUUUAGGUAGAACCGUUCAAAAGAAAUAAUUCCUAUAGUAUUUAGAGGUACACAUCGUAGUUAUUUUUAAUUAAUUGAAGUUAGGAUGAUGAGGAGGUCCUUGGAAAAAUUGCUCCCUGGACCUGGAAAAUUUUGGGAACCCCUGUACUAUUUAACCAGAAAAAAAGAAAAAUGACUUCGGUGAAGUACAGGCACACUGGAUCUCCAGUGAUUCAUCCGUUCGUCGGCCAUCGACGAUCGUUUUCCUGGCCUCUUCGAUGUUAGCUCGUCCUUGCUAGCUUGCACUUGUGGUUCACCGCACCCACUCAGGUUUUUACUCAAACAUUUGCCCCUUUGAGACUGCCUAUCUAAGAGGCCUUUUCACGUUUUUUCCUGGCUCGCUGUCCUGUGCGUAAGCUACCGAUACGUUGAAGUCCAAGCUGUGGAAUUUGCUGGUGUGUGUGGUGUAACGGUAUACCCCAAAACAUGGUUCAAUACCUUAAAUGAGUCAAAGUUAGAUUUUUUUUUUUUUCAAGCUUCCGUCUUGACAAAGGAGGUACAAGGGCCAGUUCAUCGCUGCUUGCAUCUUUUAAUUAUACUCAACUUUUUAGAGUCUGUGACCCAUAAUGCUUCCACCUGUGUCUAUAUGCAGAUUUACAUCUAUUUAAGUACUUUAAGCCAAUUUCAAAAAUUGGCAACGUAGCACUUGAACAUACCAACUGGGCUAAUUUAUAGGCAGCAUGAAUAAAUGCACAACCACAAGGGGGCAGUCAAGCACUUCAUUGGUUCGCAAUUUUUUUACACCUAAAAAAUUCAUAGCUCUCCAACUGCCAGCACCAUGACCAACAUUAACAUUAUUUGAAGAUUAAUGCUGCACUUAAAUAUAUAUAUAAAAAACUGUACUUAAAUAAAAAAUGUAUCGCACACAAACGUUAUAUUAUUUACCUAAAUACAUCUUUAAAAAUAAAAAGUUCUUCAAGAUUACAGGCAAAAGUAUUGAACUUAAAGUUAAAUACAACUGAACUUUACUUAGGCAGUGAUUCUUUCACUUACCACUAGAGGGAGUUUCCAUACCACACUUUGAGAAGAACUGCUUUAAAUGAUAAAGUGAAAUGACUUGUACAUAGGAUAUAAACAAAGUUAUCUUUUAUGGCAUGAUUAAUUUAUUGGUUAUCGGCAAACAGAGGCAGCUAGAGUGAAUGUAGAUGUGUAUCGUUAAAGCUAUUUUUAAAAACAAUGGAUUUUUUUGUAGUGUUUUGACUGUGUUCUAGAUAAGAUGGAAGGGCAGUCAGCGUGAGUUCUUCUGUGUGUGUCUGUUCCUCCAAUAAAUCAUUUUGACAUCUCAAUUUACCGGCGAAAGAGACAAUGCAGCGCUGAAUGUCCCACAUUCUAACUUUGAAAUAAAAAGAAGUGACUCUAGCA